GCGGCUGUCAUGACCCCACGUGCGGAGGAAGUGACCGGCAGGGGGCGGGGCUGUGCGGAGAUGGCGGGAACUGCUGUGCGCUGUGCAACCCGCAGUUAUUAUGCUGACGUGAGACAUGAGUGCCAUAGAACGUUCUCCAUAUGCGGAGGAGAAGCUGCAGAGCCUGGAGAAGCUCGCCCUCUGCCGAGAAUCACAGUUAACAACAUUGCUUUCAAUAUUUGGAGAGCGUUCUCAUUUAAGCUUUCCGUCUAUUUUUAUCUAUGGCCACACUGGAACAGGGAAGACUUACAUCCUGCAGACAGCGCUGAGUACACUUGAGCUUCCUCAUACCUUUGUGAAUUGCGUGGAGUGUUUUACAGCCAGACUUCUUUUUGAAGAAAUACUGAGCCAGCUUUACAAUCACUGCCCUGGUCCUGACAAUGAUUUUUCUUCAUACGAGAGAUGUGACACAUUUAAUGAAUUUGUCCGCUAUUAUGAGAGAGCAAUUUCAAGUCAAGGACUGGAGAAGGAGACUGUUUACAUUGUCCUUGAUAAGGCAGAUAUUCUGCGGGAAAUGGAUGCAAAUCUCUUGCCAGGAUUCCUUAGACUUCAGGAACUGACUGGCAGUAAUGUAACAGUAAUAUUCCUGACAGAAAUAGCCUGGGAGACAUUCCGACCAAACACAGGUUGCCUUGAGCCAUUGACCAUAUAUUUUACGGACUAUGGUAAAGCUGAACUACAGAAAAUUCUGUCCAGUGAUUAUCCUGAAGAAUACUCACCUGAAUUCUAUGCAUCAUUCAUCAAUAUUCUACUGGGGGUGUUUUACGCUGUCUGCCGGGACAUAAAGGAGCUUAGGCAUCUGGCUGCCCUAAACUUUCCAAAAUUUUGUGAACCAGUUGUUAAAGGAGAAGCGAAAGAGACAGACACUCAUAAGUUGUUUCGGAACAUUGAGCCACAUUUGAAGAGGGCCAUGCAGACUGUGUAUCUCAGGGAGAUAUCAAGCUCUCAAUGGGAAAGGAUACAGCAAGAAGACGGAGAAGCAUCACAACUAAAAGGACUGUCAGCACAUGCCCAUGUAGAAUUGCCAUUUUACUCAAAGUUUCUGCUCAUAGCUGGAUACUUGGCUUCCUACAAUCCUGCACGGACAGAUAAAAGAUUUUUUGUAAAGCAUCACGGAAAAAUUAAAAAAACUGAUUUCCUGAAGAAGCAUGAAAAGACCAGUAACCAUCUUCUGGGUCCCAAGCCUUUCCCUUUGGACAGACUGUUGGCUAUACUGUACAGUAUUGUAGACAGCAGAGUGGCACCCACAGCAAAUAUUUUUUCUCAGAUCUCCUCUCUUGUGACUCUUCAGCUGUUAACCCUGGUGGGCCAUGAUGAUCAGCUUGAUGCCCCCAAGUACAAGUGCACUGUAUCACUGGAUUUCAUCCGAGCUGUAGCAAGGACAGUGAAUUUUGAUAUUGUCAGAUAUUUGUAUGAUUUUCUAUGAAAGCUUUUGUCUGUUCUGACUGAAACCGAAGAUUUGAUACAGUAUUUAAAAAAAAAACCUUCUCCUUUUAUGCUUAAUAUUAAUAAGCAUUCCUCUAUUACACAUUUCUAAUAAAAUAAGUGUA